AACUCGCGCUCUGCAUGCGACACGGCGAGAGCGCGAAAUGGCCGCGCGCUGCACGCAGUCGCCCACCACCGCUUCAGUAGUAUCUCCCAGGAAAGCAAGCGAACCGCGCGACUUCCUCGGCAGUUCUUCUACUGCUCAGUGCACUUUACUUACGCAGUCAGUCCAGCUUUGGAAGUCGGCCAAGCUCUGUCGCCGCAUGCACUUUUACCGGGCCGAGUUUUCGGCUUCGAUUUUCAAGAGUAAAGUAAUAGGAUCAUGCUAUUAGCUGCUGAUGGUGACUCGACUGGAGCAAUUGCUAGGUUGAAUUGUAUGCAGAGGAAUUUCCUGUGACAAAUGUCCGAUCAAUCAACAAGAUUUGGUCGAGAGAAUUGGGAUAAAAUGCAUUUGACGAAUACACCAGUUGCUACAACAAUGCCUGGUGUCAAUUCUGAAUCGUCAAGCCCAAGUAGCGAUAACAUGGAAGAUGAAAGUCCAAAUAAUUUCAUGACUUAUGUGCGCCAGCUGGCUGGUAGACAUGAAAUUAUUGAUGUAGUAAUGCUAGACCACGGUUAUGCUCGACCAUGGAACUGGUUGCCACAAAACGAGUACGUCAAACCUGCCAAGAAGAUCUUCUUUUCAAAACUUCAAAGUACAAAUUCAGAGGGUGCUUCGAGUCCUGAAGAAUUCAUCGACGUUGAAAAUGGGGAUCCAGAACCAAAAUCACCAACUUGUGAUUUGUCUCAAGCCAGACAAGCUAUGGAUGAAUUUCAGAGGGUGGCCAACUUUGUCAGGCCAGAAGAUACAGAUGAUUGGGAGGAGAAAAUUGAUAAGAUACUCUGGUCUCCUGUGCAGAAUAGGAUUUUCAGCAGGAUUGUGAGGAUAUUGAAUUCAGAGCGCAUAGCAAGGCUAUCAAAGUCAAACAGUAAACUUGAACCAAUCGUACGACGAACGUUGAUUGAUAACACAGCGAGAAGGUUUCGCGAAACUAUGGCGUCUGCCAAUUGGGAUUUGAGAAUAACUCAAUGGCUCCACGGUUUGUUAUUCGAUUAUUUACCACAAGAUUAUCUAGCCAUUUAUUUGGACAUUCUUCAGACUCUAAGGCAGAAGAUUCCUCAAUUGAUUGACAAAAUGAUAGCGAUUCAGCCAAAUAUCAACUUUAAAGGCAGCUCACUAUCAUGGGAAACUUUGGGUCCCCUUCUUAAAAAGUCGUGGGAUCCCGUUUCCCCAGAGCUUAAUUCUUGCAGAAUGAAAAACUUAAAAGCCAAUCCGAUUUUGAUAGUAAUUCCUAAUGGAUUGCCGACCAACAUUUCAACUCGGCAGCAAAAAUUUGUCGCGCAGUUGGGAGCCCUGGGCAUGGCCGUCACUGUGAAUCCACAAUUAGCUCAGACGGCGAGUAGGAUGACGAUGAUAGCGGGAACCGAACAACUCGUGCAAGCAACCAGGUUAAAGAUACAGGAAGUCAGAGUUGCCUAUCCUGGCACACCAAUUUUUCUUAUCGGUUUCAACACUGGUGCUGCUGUAGCUUGUAAGGUCGCUCUAUUGGAGUACGUAACGGCGAUCGUCUGUCUGGGCUUUCCAUUGAAUACAGUUGAUGGCAAGCGGGGCAAUCCGGACGAUACCCUGUUGGACGUGCGUGUCCCCGUGAUGUUCAUAAUCGGCCAGAAUGCGAUUCAGGCUCGCAUUGACGAUGUCGAGGACUUGCGUGAGCGCAUGCUGGCCGCAACGAAUUUAGUAGUAGUCGGAUCUGCGGACGACCAGUUGCGCAUCUCCACGGCAAAAAAGAUCACCGAGCGUAUAAGCCAGAGCAUGGUGGACCGUUGCAUUCUUGGCGAGAUCCGUAACUUCUUAGGCGGAGUAUUAGCGAAUGGAUCAUUACCCGUUAAAUCGACAAAUUCUCUCGGCAAUUACGAAAACAGAAAUAAGAAAGCAGGCCCAGACGGGAGAAAGAGAAGAGUUUCGACGAGUAGUUCGGUUUCGGUGGAUAGUGAACCACCAUCACCGAACAUCAAAAAGUUCAGAGAUCAGUUACCGCAACUCGUAAGUGCCAAUAAUGGUCAGAGAAUGCCGGUAAGUACCAAUGCGCUGCCUAGAGGAACUUUGGUUCCGUUAACGGGAACCACAGCCACGCAAACACCCAAAAGAAAACCCAGAGGAUCUUAUACCAAUCAGAACUACCCCGACCAACUGAUAACGUCAAGACUCACACCACAGCAACAAAGUGUGGACAAUUCGACCGGUGGAAUAACGUUGAACAUCGGUUCUUUUGCUAGUCUAGCUCCGGUGGGUCCGAUUCGAUUCGAACCCGCGUCAAUCAACCUGCAGUCAUCAGCAGCGGUUAAAGCCGGCAUCAACACACUAAAGACCACCAAUGCAUUUAUCAAGGUAUCAAAGAACAACCAAGUGAACAUCGGUGGUCAGCAGCAGAGUGUCGCGAAGAUAAAAAUGCUUCUGCCAACAAAAAAACCCGGACAGCGCACCUACAAGAAUCCCAACCUCACGGACAAGACCGGCGAAAUUAAUAUGGUGAAUGUCUUGUCGCCGACGAGCACUGGUAUCAGGGUUAGCGCACCGGCGGGUACAGGUAAUUUACUUUUAACGAACAUGAAAACCCCCACGAGAAUCGCCAACACACCUCAAUUACCAAGCUUCCAUCUAGCAAGAUCAUCUGCCAAUGGGACUGUGAUUGGGAUACCCGUAACGUCUGCUAACGUUGUCUUCACUCCGAAAAGCUCUGUGCCUGUUACCACGACGGUAUCGACAACGAUGGCAACAGCUCCAAAGGCUCUACCAACGGUGCCGACUAAAGUGGCGGACAUCGCAAUAUCAGGUGGCAGCAGGAAGUACUCGAUGAUCCACACAAGCUCCACUAACCAGCUGGAUCAGGCAUCUCAGAGUUCACUAAUUGGCACUGGGGCUCCAACUAAAGAAAGAUCUCAGAAGUUUGGCCUCGUACCUACGAUUUCGCUCAAAAAGCUGCCCUGGCCACAGACUAAGGCUGAGACAUCAGAGAACGGUGUAAAAAAUGACGUACAAUUUAAUGAAACGCCUCAGAUGACUCCAAGUAGUUUAGACGACGAUCUGGGUAACAUCCUAGACAUCCCGAUCAUAAUCGCCAAGGACGGGGAAAAUCUGAACAACUUGGAGCAUCUCUCCCCGCUACCUCAGACCGUGACUCCGGUCACCUUACAAUCCUCUGAAGUCAAGAGUCUUCCAGUAAUAAACGCCGUGGGUAACAAGGUCGUCUUUAUCAACAACAAGAGUCUGAUCUCCUCGACUGACGCCGUAUCAUCGACGAAUACAAUGACGCUUAGUCGACCUGGACUGACAACCCAGCCGACCAUCAAGUACACCAAGAUUAUCCUAACGAAGAAGCCCGAACACGAGGAUAGCCAAAGAGGCAAUCCUGUGCUCCUCACUAAAGCCUGUCGAAGAACCAACAACUUCGUGGUCCUUGAUCCUAAGAGCGAGGUCAAGUAUGCCCAGACUGUGACGAGGAUCCCGGCAAAUUGUUUUGGAGAACUGCAGACAAAUGAAAACGUCGUUGGUCCACAGCACAAUUCUAACGUUCAGAAAACGAAGGAGGGUUGUAUCGAGCUGAACGUUGAGAACGGCCAGAAGCCGUAGUUCCUUGUACAGAAUUUCAGUAGCGAUUAACUUUACUUAGUGAGAUUAGUUUAACUGGCGAUUAAUUUAAGUUUUAUGGUGGAGUUAGGCUUGCCAUUGAAAUAGUACUGUACACGCUAAUAACGAGAAAUAUUGUGUUCAUUCUGAUUGAUUUUUUAAGACUGAAAUGAUGAUAUCGAACUUCAGGUAAACGCAUUUAAGAAUUAUCAUGUAUUUGGACAUUUUAAUUUAAAGAGAAACUGAACUUUUUUAGAAUUUAAUUAAACGUAGUUACGUGAAUAGUGUGCAGCGAUUUUUAUCUUUAUAAGAAUAUUGAUGUUAUCCAUGAAAUAUUUAUAUAUUUAUUUACGCAAAAAAUGAUAACGUUAAUAAAAAUUUAUUUUUCAACGCUUUAAAUUUCAUACUAGUUCUAUGAAUUUUUGAACUUAUCUUGGCGAUGUUAAGACAAAGAUAUUACAUUUUUGCCAGAUGUUUAGCUUUAAUAAUGCUCUUCUUGAAUUGCCUGGUAUAUUAAAAGUCUGUAAAUAAGGAAGCACGCAAAAAUGAAAAUUUAACUACCAAGUUCAUCAAAGCAUUCGACUUAUAAACUCACUUGUUAAGAAUUUGCUGCCUUAAAAUCUAAACUUAAUGUACAGUUUUUUACUCAGCCCAAUACAAAUUUUGUGAAAGAUAUUUUCUUUUCAAUUGUUAAAUUUUGCGUUCAAUAAAAGUGAUUAUUCUUAUGAA